GACUGCUCGCUGGGAAGUCCCAGCUGGGCCACUGACUGCGGCGGUGGCGGCAGAGGGAGCAGCGCCUGGGCUCCUCGGAGGUGGCUUCCUAGAACGGUCCCGCACGGCCGUUCAGGCACUGGGGACACAGGCACCGUGGACGCGGAAGGCACACGCGUGCAGCCUCAGCCCCGUCGGGGGUCGGGGUGUCCUCCUCCAGCACCUGUCACCUACUGGCCUGGCUCCCGGCUGGGUCCUGUGACGAAGAAAGUGCCCUGGGCUGGGACUGGGGCCACAGCAGGUGUGGACUGGACUGGGAGGAGCUGCUCCUGAGCCUGCAGGGAGGUGGCAGCUGAGAGUGAGGCCUCCGAGGGCCGGGGCAGCGGCUUGUGCAAAGGUCUCCUGUUGCUGAGCUGCUGUCGAUGCUGAAGGUGACCCCUGGACCAGAGUCCCAAAGCCCCCAGGAGCAUGGGGAGCGAGCAUCGCCAGUUGGGGGCACUCGGUGGGUGCGGCAGGCCUUUUCCUGGGAGAACCCAAGGAGGCACUCCCAAGAGAUCAAGAAGGACCCAGGCCGGCGCUGGAGCUCCCUGUUCCAGUCCUUGCGGCGGGUGGUAGACCAGCGCCCAGCUGUGGGCCAGUGCCAGGUCCCUGCUGUGUCAGAGGAGCCCUCUGUAGUCAUGGGCCGUUGUGGUGCCAGCCAGCAGACAUCACUGCAGACAGAGGGCAAACCCGUGGCCGACCUCAUCGCUGAACAGCACCUGAUGGCAGCGUUCGAGCACCUGCGAGACCUGGAGACGCGGCUGGUGGCUGAGAAGACCUCUAGCGCCGUUCAGGACCCCACAGGCUUUGCGCGGCGCGCCAUGGACGUGUCCCUGCACUACGACCGUCUGGCUGAUGAGAUGCGCGCCAUUGUGCGCGAGACCCUGGGCCCCGAGGGCGUGCCCGCCGCCAAGCUGACUGAGCUGGCCCUCAUGGUGCGCGCGGAGGAGGAGGCCCACUCGGAACCGCCCUCUGGAGGCGACUACGUGCGCGUCCCGCGCCACUGGCGCAAGCACUGGGAGGACGCCGUGCUACAGAGCGCGCAGGAGCGCGUGCGACAGGCUGCCAAGAGUACAGGCGAAGGCACCACAGGCGAGAUUGCCACCCCUGGGGCCGCAGAAGGCGUGCCCGGCUUGGCCCAGCUUCUGACCGACCUCGGUGGUGUGGUUCGACGCGACCUGCAGAAGGUGCACCGGGAGGUACAGCCCGCGUAUGCAGCCGCCGGCUUCCCUGCGUGGGAGACCUACCUGCGUGCCUUCCACAGUGAGGUGGCCCAGCGCCUGCAGGAGCUUGUGCCCAAGGCCCGAGGCUAUGAGCAGCUCUACCUCCUGCUGGACUGGGUCACCAACGUCUAUGGCAGCCCGGACUUCCUGGAUGUCUCAGAACUGGAGCUGCCCCCAGUUCUAGCACCUGAGGCGCAGGCACAGCUGGAAAGGGACUGCGCCCACGCCCUGGAGAGCAAGAUCUCAGGCUGCCUCGACUGCAUCCUGCAGCUGGAGCAGAGACGCUGGGCAGAGGCCGAGGACCCUGAGGUGCUGCAGGGCCAAUACCACGCAACCCUGUCCACAGACAUCCACAUGCUGGUGGUGGAGCAUGUGAAGGCGUCCAGCGCCAUCUCUGCCAAGCUCGAGGCCACCACCCUGAGGCUCUGCGCGCAGCAGCUCUGCCUCUUUGUGCCCAGGUUUGAGAAGGCUUUGCUGGAGUCGGGGGUGGCAAGUGAGCCCCACUUGGGUGCCUACAUCAACUCCUGCGAGGAGCUCAGGACCAGUCUUCUGGCCAGGUUCCCGGGGUCCCUGGAGGAGGUGGAGAAGCCCCUGGUAGUGGCUGUCAGCAGCUUCCAGAAGCACUUGCUCCAGGGCUUGCAGCGAGAUAUGCAACCACUCUUCAGGUCUGUGUACACCAACGACUGGCUGUCCCAGGACAAGCUGUGCCCCCUCCUGGACAAGGUGAAGGCCUUUGCACACCACCUCACACUUGUGACCCCACCCGUGGCACAGGAGACACUGGAGGAGGUGCACCGGUUCGUGGUCCGAGAGUACCUGGCGCAGGUGCUGAGGCCGAGGAAGCACUUCCGGGGUGAGGAGCGCUUGCGUGGGUCCGAGAGGAUGAACGAGGACGCCCAGGCCAUCAGUGAAACUUUCCAGGACUUGGGCUCUGAAGCCAAGUGGCUGAACCAGGCUGUCCCGUGCGUGGCUGAGAUCCUGGGUGAGAGGUACAAAGAUGACAUCAAGUGUCACCUGGAGACGCUCAUCCGGAGCUUCCCCGACAUCAGGCAGAAACACGUGCUGGCCAUCCUGGCACUGCGCAGACUGGGCCGCCGUCGGAACCAGCACCUACUGCAGCACUCGCAAGGCCUGCUGGGGGCCGGAGCCCGGGCUGGGAGCGUGGGCCCCACCCGCAAGCUCGUGCUCUUUGAGGAGAUAAUGGUGCCUGCUGUCUCCAUGAAUGUGCUGAUCACCUGCCUCUGCUGCUCCCCAAACUGAGGGGGCCCUGCCGCCCUCCCUGAGGCCUGUACCCCAGGCGAGGAGCCCUGAAGUCAGUGGGGGUCUUGCACCCAACUCUGCAGCCUGGAGUCCUCAGAAGAGGGAGUGGAGGAGGAUGGAGAUAUCUGAGGAAUUCCAGGAGGCACAGGGCGGCUGCCCCCCAUCCUGCCUGCCAGGAAGGGUCUCCUGCUUUGCAGUUCCCACCACCUACGGCUGAGAGUGCAGGAUAGUGUUUAUUCUAAAAAUAAAUAUCAAUUAAACUGG